CUUCUAGUCCUUUGAGAGGUUAUUCAGUCUCUGUCCCUUUCUCUCUCUUAUCUGUUCUGAUAAGACAAGUACACACUUUUUUGCAGGUGCUGUCACCCUAUGACUACCUGUGACUGAGAUCAUGCACACCAAGGAAAACUCAUGCUGCUGUUCCUUUGAUGACUGCAAACUGACUACAGAAUGGCUGCUGAGCAGGACGAGACAUAGGCCAAAGAUAGCUAUCGUGUGUGGCUCUGGACUGGGACUUCUCGCAGACAAUGUCUCAAAUAAACAGACCUUCCGCUAUGAGGACAUUCCCAAUUUCCCAGUGAGCACAGUUCCAGGUCAUGAAGGAUGCCUGGUGUUUGGCCAAAUCAAAGGCAAGUCCUGUGUCUUUAUGCAAGGAAGGUUCCAUCUCUACGAGGGUUACUCGUUGUGUAAGGUUACAUUCCCCAUGCGGAUCUUCAAGCUGAUGGGUGUGGAGACCAUUGUCGUAACAAAUGCCUCUGGGGGUCUUUGUCAGGAUUUCAAAGUGGGAGACAUCAUGGUCAUUAAGGACCAUAUUAACUUGCCAGGGUUUGCUGGGCAGCACCCACUGUGCGGACCCAAUGAUGAACGAUUUGGGAUCCGGUUUCCUUGCAUGUCUGAUGCUUACAGCAAAGACCUGAGGAAACUAGUUUUGGACAUCACUGCUGAGCUGGGCUACUCUAAUUUUGUGCAUGAGGGGGUCUACUGUAUGGUUAGUGGACCCAACUUUGAGACCAUCGCUGAGGCACGCAUGCUGCACAUAUUGGGAAGCGACUCUGUUGGCAUGAGCACGGUUCCCGAGGUGACGGUAGCCAAGCAUUGUGGACUGCGGGUCCUGGGUCUCUCGCUCAUCACCAACAAGGUUUCUCUGGACUACAGCCGUGAGGAGAAGGUGAAUCACGAGGAGGUGCUGCAGAUCAGCAAGAUGAGAGCUGAGAUGCUCCAGAAUGUGCUUGUAACCUUCAUUGCUCGCUCUCAUCAAGUGGAGACCAUCAACAACAGCAACUGCAUCUACUCAAAUGCUGUGUAGGGUCCCUCAAACCGGCUGGAUUGAGGGCACGUGAUGUCAUGUGAAUCUAUAGUACUACAGAUCUUGAAGGCUCCCUGUUAUGGUUAGCCUUUUAAAUCUGGUUGGAUGAAAAUGUCCAUAUGUUACUGUGCCUUUGUGGAAGAUGUAUUUGAUCUUCAGAAUGUGAUUGUUGCGUUGUUACACUAUUGUAUUUCCCUGACUAAAAAAGAAAAUAUGUAAAUAACCAAAAUGUACAAUGUAAAUAAAUCUCCCUCAGUUAAAAUUAUGUAAAAAAAAAA